CAAUUUUUUUCUUCCUCUUCCUUCUUUUUCCUUUUCUCCACCAUAUCAAAUCAUUAACAAAAUGGCUGACGAAGACCACACCUUUGAGACCGCCGAUGCCGGUGCCGCCUUGACCUUCCCAAUGCAAUGUUCUGCUUUGAGAAAGAACGGUCACGUUUGCAUCAAGGGUAGACCAUGUAAGAUUGUCGACAUGUCCACCUCCAAGACCGGUAAGCACGGUCACGCCAAGGUCCACUUGGUUGCCAUUGACAUCUUCACUGGCAAGAAGUUGGAGGACUUGUCUCCAUCCACCCACAACAUGGAGGUUCCAAACGUCAAGAGAGCCGAGUACCAGUUGUUGGACAUCGACGACGGCUUCUUGUCCUUGAUGACCAACGACGGUGACACCAAGGACGACGUCAAGAUCCCAGAGGGUGAGUUGGGUGACAAGAUCCAAUCCGAGUUCGACGACGGUAAGGACUUGAGCAUCACUAUCAUCUCUGCCAUGGGUGAGGAGGCUGCCAUCUCUUUCAAGGAUGCUCCAAAGGUCUAA